GGAGGGGGCGGUGCUGAGGGCCGCGCCCCCCAGAGGCGGCGGGCAGCGGCCAUGGCGAGGAGCUGAGCCCGCGCCCCGCGGGAGCUGCUCGGCCCGCGCCGUGCGACUGCCUGGAGCUGCUGCUGCUGGAGUCCAUGGCGUACACCGGGACCCCACCGCCAGCGGGGCCCAUUGGCUCCCAGUACUGUGUCUGCAAAGUUGAGCUGUCCAUCUGUGGCCAAAACCUGCUGGACAGGGAUGUCACUUCCAAGUCUGACCCCUUCUGCGUCCUCUUCAUGGAAAUCAAUGGAAAAUGGGUGGAGCUCGACAGGACAGAAACAGCUGUGAACAACCUCAACCCAGCCUUCUCCAAGAAGUUUGUUGUUGACUACCACUUCGAAGAAGUGCAGAAGCUCAGGUUUGCCCUGUUUGACCAGGACAAGUCGAGCACGCAGCUGUAUGAGCAUGACUUCCUCGGCGAGUUCUCCUGCACGCUGGGCACGAUUGUCUCCAGCAAGAAAAUAACGAGAACUCUCCUUCUGGGGAAUGGCAAGCCAGCUGGGAAGGGGAUGAUAACGAUAGCUGCCCAAGAGCUGUCAGACAACAGGGUGAUUACUCUGAGUAUGGCUGGCAGGAAACUGGAUAAAAAGGACCUGUUUGGAAAGUCAGACCCCUUCUUGGAGUUCUAUAAACCCGGUGAUGAUGGGAAAUGGAUGCUGGUCCAUAGAACGGAGGUGAUCAAGUACACAUUAGACCCCGUCUGGAAGCCAUUCACUGUGCCUUUAGUGUCACUGUGUGAUGGAGAUGUGGAGAAGCUGAUUAAGGUCAUGUGUUACGACUACGACAGCGACGGGGGACACGACUUCAUUGGGGAGUUUCAGACCUCAGUGGCCAGGAUGUGUGAAGCCCAAGAUGCCUUUUCACUAGAACUAGAGUGCAUUAACCCCAAAAAGCAAAAGAAGAAAAAGAAUUACAAGAACUCUGGGAUCAUCAUCGUCAAGUCCUGCAAGAUAACCAGAGAUUUCUCAUUCCUGGACUACAUCCUGGGAGGCUGCCAGCUGAUGUUCACUGUUGGGAUCGACUUCACUGCCUCCAAUGGGAACCCACGGGACCCCUCCUCUUUGCACUACAUCAACCCCAUGGGAACAAAUGAAUACCUGUCAGCAAUCUGGGCUGUCGGACAGAUCAUCCAGGACUAUGACUCAGACAAAAUGUUUCCUGCUCUGGGAUUUGGUGCCCAGCUCCCACCAGACUGGAAGGUGUCCCAUGAGUUUGCCAUUAACUUCAAUCCCACAAACCCUUUCUGUUCAGGUGUGGAGGGCAUUGUCCAAGCAUACUCAGCCUGCUUGCCUCACAUCCGCUUCUAUGGACCCACCAACUUCUCCCCCAUUGUCAACCAUGUGGCCCGGUUUGCGGCUCAGGCAACCCAGCAGGAGACUGCAUCUCAAUACUUCAUCCUCCUCAUCAUCACGGAUGGAGUCAUCAGUGACAUGGACGAGACGCGCCACGCCGUGGUUCAGGCAUCCAAGCUGCCCAUGUCCAUCAUCAUCGUGGGGGUGGGCAAUGCUGACUUUGCUGCCAUGGAGUUCCUGGAUGGGGACAGCCGGGUGCUGCGCUCCCACACUGGCGAGGAGGCCGUGCGUGACAUCGUCCAGUUUGUGCCCUUCCGGGAUUUCCGCAAUGCCCCCAAGGAGACACUGGCCAAAGCUGUGCUGGCAGAGCUGCCCCAGCAAGUCGUGCAGUACUUCAAGCACCAAAACCUGCCCCCCAUCAACACGGAGCCCGCGUAGCGUCGUUCCCGGCCCCAUCUGCAUGUUGCCGAAGUCUGUUGGUCCCACUGAAAGCGCAUGUUCCACAUGCUGUUCAAUGAAGAAUACCCUCCCUGAAACACACAGGUUUGUACUUCUUAAUUUAAUUGUUAAGUUCUUAAAGCUCAUCCUGGAGAAGCGCCUGGAUCCACUUUGUACAGCCACAGCCCGAGGUAACACCCAGAGGCCGGGCCAUGCCCCAGUCCCACUCCGUUGAGUCACUUUUCAGUAUUGAAUGUACUUUGUAUAAUUUUAGUGGAACAGGAUACAAUUUUUACAAACAAAACUUGCUUUUUCCAAGCAAUGAAAUGCUUAAUAUAUUAUUACCAUUUGUUGAACUGGUCAUGUAUCUGUGCCGUACUCGUACCGCUGUCAUGCUCUAUGUUCAUUUUUAUACUGUGUACAUGUUAUAUUUGUUAUACUCAGGUUAAUAAAGAAACUCGGACAUUUAAAAUAAGAGGCUGCUGUCUGGUCCAGGCUGGGAGCACUGUGUGAGGGCUGGGUGCUUGGGGCAGCCCAGUGCCCCUCACCACUCCACCUGCACCAUGCCUGGAGCACAUGGGCACAGUGCAAGGCCUAUGCCAGCCUCAACCCUGGAAGGUGGGGCCAGCUUGGGGAAAUGUUUGCUUUGCAAAGCCCUCUGGAAGGGAAAAAUACCCGACCCCCCCCUUUUUCCAAAUAGGGAAGCAGUCUCUGAAUGGUGGCUUGUUUAUAACUAAGGCUGUAUGCAGCUCCACUGCCAGUCAGGCAGGCACUGUGCUGCUCAGCUUUCAGAUCAAAGUCUGGGGCUCUGGAAAAAUGUUUUCUUUCCAUCAGGAAACCUUGCACAGAGAGAACAAAAUCUGAAAUAUUUCAAUUCCACCAUGAAACGAUGGUGCUGCUGGAGUCCUUUCCCAACCCCAGGGCAGUGUUCUGCCCCAGCUGCUUCCAGUUAGGCUGAUUUGCCCUCUGGCCCUUCAUACAGUGUCUCAGAGCGCAGUUAAUACAGUUAACAUCAAAUCACUUUUUAAGACAGUAAAUGGGACUGGUAGCCAGGCUCCACAGCAGCUUGCUUACGUAGGGCAGCUGCAGGAGGAAGGGACUCAGGCUUAAGGCUGCUGUGAGCUAAUGGAGCUCCCCAGCUGCCCUGAUCCUGCUCUUCAAGAAACAAGGAAAGUGGGGCUCUCCCACAGCAGAAUUGUCUCCCUCUGGACCAUGUAGGGUCCAGCACAACCACCUGCAGCUCCUUUGCACCACUGUGUCUGCCCACAGCUUCCAAACCCCACUCUGUUUCCAUCCGAAUCUAACAGAUGCUUGGAGGGCAGCUAUACCAAAUACCAUUCAGGAAAGCACUCAUGACUGGGGUGUGCUGCUCUGGCUUUUCAGAGCCAUCAUGGAUUGAGCUUCACACCAGGCACAGACACCUCUCCACUGCAGCUACACAAGGCUCCUGCACGUGCAACUCUGAAGUAAAGCAGGUUUAAAUCAAGGCAUUGGGAGAUUUAAGUAUCUUCCAUCAUUAGAGAAGCUAGGAAAGGCAGGAGCAGGUUGGGAGCAAAAACCAGAGUGCCAGGUAGCACUCAGGGCAGUGUAAGGUCUCUUAAAUUCAACAGAACUUCGACAGUCAUUUGCUCUCCUACUGCAAAAGGCAGUGGAGUUCUCCAGUCUGUGCACAGCUUGGUUUGACUGAGCCAGGAUAUCCCACCCCCUCGGUACUCACACUACACCACGAGAGCUGAGCUGUGAGCAGAAUCACCACCAACAGUUCCUCUGCACUCAUUCAGGAGGAGGACACCCUCAGCCCUGUCUCGAUGGUGGGUUGAGGACAGGGCUGGAUGAGCAGAACCCAAAUUGCUUAAUGGAACAGGAACAAUUAUGAAUGGCACAAGCCAAGAUGGAAAAAAAAUGCAUUCAGAAUGUCUUUAAUCGCGUAACACUAAAACUUCUUUACAGUGUCAUGGCAAUCCACACUUCACCAUCUGCUCGAUUUUUGUUCUGCCCCCAUUUCUCAAAUACAGAAUAAAAAUGACAUUUUAAAACAGAACACAUGGCUGCUCCUACAAGACUUCCGUGCUUCAAGUGCAUUUUUUGGUUUUUUUUUUUUGCCUGUUGGUCUUGUAUAAACUCCAUAGAUCACCAAAAUUCAUUCUUUCUUUCCAUGAGAAUCAUAAAAAGGUGCUCUCCUCUCUAUCUCAGCCCUCGCCUACAGGACGAGGUGUGCCCUCUGCUUUGGGGUGGCAGCCUUCCCACCUCAAGCUCAGUAAGAACCCCAGAAAUGAAAAAAAAAAAUGGGGGAAAAAAUAAAAAUGAAUUAUUUUAGAAGCAUCUGAAUGUAUUAAAGUUGAGAGGUUAGCUAGAAAUAUUAUAUCUGGGACAGAGGGAUGCAU